AUGGAAGAAAAAAGAAGCGGUUCUCGUGUGGCCAAUAAAGCUGAUAUGCUUGCUGCACCGUUACCAGAAGAAUACGAGAAUAUGUUUGAGGAAAGUUCCGAAAUGCAAAAACGUUUCAGAAAUCCGUAUUCAUGGAUGAAUGAUCUGGAUAAACGAUCACGUAACCCAUAUUCGUGGAUGAAUUUUGGUUUCAAACGAGCACCAAUGAAUCCAUAUUCAUGGCAGAAUGCUUAA